CAUUUCUCUGAACAAAACUUGAGGUGUAACUUACCAGUUUGUGUGAAUUAAAUUAAUCGCUUUUGAAGCCCGCAAAGCUGGAUUUUGAAAUUUUUAAGCUUUGAAAUUUUCAAGAAAAAAAACCUGAAUCAGAAAAAAAUCAGAAAAUAAUCAGAACAUAAUCAUUAAAAGGAAAGCAUUUCUACUGCACGAAGCUCGGUAUCUUUAAGUUUUAUUUUAUCAUGGCUAGGCCACAGAAGAACGGAAAGAAAAAUUUUGUAACACAAUCAUUAGACAGCAAGAUAUCAAAGUUGGUCCAUGAUCUAUUGAACGAAAGACCUGGAAGGUCAGUGAGAGAUAUCACAGUCUUUGAAACCUUGAAGUAUGUUCAAUCUCACGAUCUCUCCUUGCAAAGAAUGAAGAAAAUUUUGUUGGAAAAAUCAAUUCAAAAAGCUUUGGUGCUAAUCGAAGCUGAUGAAAUUGAAAAUGGUUAUGCUUCAAACAAUAGUGUCGUGGAGAUUCAAAACCGUACUGAUUUGGUUGAGGUAGAAGAUAGUAAUGCAAUGAAUAACACUGUUGUGAAUCUUUGGAAUAUUAAACCUGCUUCAAAAGCUGCUACUGCAAAUGAGUCACUGAAUUCAGUAACAGAAUCACCUAAAAAGAAGUACAGCACUGUUGCACAAGAGGCAGUGAUAAAAAACGAAGCAAAAGAAAACAAAGAAAGAACAAGAAAAAGAACUAAAGAACCUUCAAUCUCGGGUCUAAAUAAAAGACAAAAAGUAGACAAAGACAGGUCUCCUCCAAAUGCCUCAUUAUCUCAGUUAGGUGGAAUGGAUGAGAUAAUCACAGAUUUAUUGGAAGUAAUUGGUAUACCCAUAUUGCAUCCAGAAAUUUAUUUAUCAACAGGCGUUGAGCCCCCAAGGGGAGUUUUGCUUCAUGGGCCUCCAGGUUGUGGUAAGACAACCAUUGCCAACUGUCUAGCUGGGGAUUUAAAAGUCCCAUUUUUAUCUGUGUCUGCUCCUUCUAUAGUUAGUGGGAUGUCAGGAGAAAGUGAAAAGAAAAUAAGAGAAUUGUUCGAAGAGGCUAGAUCGUUAGCUCCCUGCUUGAUAUUUUUAGACGAAAUUGAUUCAAUCACCCCCAAAAGAGAUGGUGCUCAAAGAGAAAUGGAGAAGAGAAUAGUGGCUCAGUUGUUGACCUGUAUUGAUGAGCUAUCUAUGGAGAAAACAAAUAAUAAGCCUGUUAUAAUAAUUGCUGCUACCAAUCGUCCUGACGCUAUCGAUCCAGCACUAAGGCGAGCAGGUAGAUUUGAUAGAGAAAUUUGUUUAAACGUUCCUAGUGAAGAGUCUCGGGGUUAUAUAUUAAAAUCUAUAACUAAAAACUUGAAAAUAAGUGGUGAUUUUGAUUACAAAAAACUCGCCAAAAUGACUCCAGGAUAUGUUGGUGCAGAUUUAAAAGCAUUAGCUACUGCUGCCGGUUUAGCUGCUAUCAAAAGGAUUUUUUGUUCUUUAAGUGCAGCACAAAAUGAAACAGAAUCUAAAAUUGAAGAUGUUGAAAUCAUGGAUAUAGAUGAUAUAAAUGAGCAAAAGGAGAAUAACGAAAGAAAUGAAAAUAAAGAUCAAAAUCAUUUAGAAACUCAAAAUAUUCUAAAAGAAACCAAGAAAAAAUCUUUAGAUGACACUACUCAAUUAUCCAAUAUUCAGAAUUUUCUACUAAAAUACUCAAAGCCUCUAAAAGCACACGAAUUACAAGGUCUAUCUGUGGAGUUUGACGAUUUUCUCACUGCAUUACCAACAAUUCAGCCAACAGCAAAGAGAGAAGGAUUUGCUACAGUGCCUGAUGUUACUUGGUCAAGUGUGGGUGCGUUAUCAAAAGUACGGAUUGAAUUACACAUGUCUAUUGUACAGCCAAUAAAAAGACCAGAACUAUAUGAAAGAGUUGGUAUAACAGUACCUGGAGGUGUGCUAUUAUGGGGCCCACCAGGUUGUGGUAAAACAUUAUUAGCAAAAGCAGUUGCAAAUGAGUCUCAUGCCAAUUUUAUCUCUAUAAAGGGGCCUGAGUUAUUGAAUAAAUAUGUUGGAGAAUCUGAAAAGGCAGUUAGACAGGUUUUUACAAGAGCAAGAGCUUCUGUUCCUUGCAUAAUAUUCUUUGACGAGCUAGAUGCUUUGAUCCCAAAAAGAGACGCUUCAUUAUCAGAAUCGUCAUCAAGAGUGGUAAACACUUUACUAACUGAAUUGGAUGGUUUAAACGAUAGAAAAGGGAUAUAUGUGAUUGGUGCUACAAAUAGACCAGAUAUGAUUGAUCCAGCAAUGUUAAGACCCGGAAGAUUAGAUAAAACACUUUUUAUUGAAUUACCAAAUUCUGUUGAAAGGUUUGAUAUUCUUAAAGCAGUAAUUAGAACACAUAAUACUCCAUUAUCCAAAGAUGUUGAUUUGGAAAGAAUUGCAAAUGACGAAAGAUGUAAAAAUUUUUCUGGUGCAGAUAUUGCUGCAUUGGUAAGAGAAGCAGGUAUUAUGACAUUGAAGAAAAAAUUUUACACAAAUAUUUCUAAAGGAGACGAAAGCAUUGAAAAAGAAUUAUCGGAUGAAGAAAAUGAAAUUGAGGUUACUGCCAUUGAUUUUGAUAAUGCUCUUAAAAAUGUCAAGCCUUCAGUUACUGAAUCAGAUCGUAUGAAAUACAAAGAACUAUCUCAGACUUUAGAUAAUUAAGCCAAAUUAUAAUUAUAAUUAAAAUUUUUUUUUCUUUUUUUUUUUCGUUUUAAUGUACAAUAUG